ACGGCGAUAGCUCCCCAGAAAAAUUGUGAACUAGAGACUUCGAAAAAUAACAUCAAACUCGAGCAUGGAGGGUCUGUCCGACGAGAACUCCGGCCGUAAAGAAAGCAGUGGGGAGGCCUCUAGACUGGGACUCUUGGCCCGAUUAGACCGCCUGCUCCGCCGCUGGCUGCCUGGGUACAGUUUCAUUCGCGGCAAGCGCAACUCAUCAUCGGAAACCUCGAUGACACAAGGCUGUUCCUUCGGCAGACAGGCGGUGCGUAGACGUGGUGGCAGAAGGAACGACAAACGGGAGGUGUACCUGGACACGGGCAUCGCCAAGUCGGAGUUCUGCGUCCAACUGGAGACCUUGCUGCGCAACAAGCUGCUCAAAAAGCAGCAGGAAUUGUCCCUGAAGCAUCAGGAGAGGGACCGCGAGAGGGAGCGAGAAGGGGACCGGGAACAGGAGCACAACCAACCCGACCAGCAGUAG